AUGAGUGAAUGACUUUACGUCAGGUAAGCAUCACAACGCUACUUAAAAAAAACUAAACAAGUUGAAGUCUAUCUAAAGUCCUAGACACUUUGAGCAUAACAUACAUGUGACCUAUGUUCUUUUAGGUUUCUAAAACAGUCGGCUUUAUUAUUUAUGGCGGGGUGUUCGCUUCAGAAGCACCAUAUUCCGGGGGGAUAAUAUGAAAACAGAAUUCCAGGGUUUUCAACAUGAUCGGUCGUCGCAAGAGUGUCAGUUUUCAAUUUCCUUCAGAUAUUUCUGGUGGCGGAUCAAAACCUAAACCCAAACCGGAGAAAGAUGUCAGUAUUUGGACCAUCAUUUCUACAGGAAACACCGAGUUGUUACGACAGUUCAUUCAAAUCAAUGGGACGGCGAGUCUCAACAAAAGAGCCGGAAACUUCCGCUCCCCCCUCGGACUCGCUGUAUAUUUGGAAAAUCCUGUACUUGUACAAAUUAUGUUGGAUAGUAAUCCCCGACCGGAUGUGAACAUUAUAGAUAAGAAUGGGAACACGCCCCUCCAUGAGGCAGUGGAGAGGGGGUAUUUACAAAUUGUCAAACAAAUCCUAAACACAGGAUCGUGCAAUUUGGAGGUGAAGAAUCCCCACAGUUAUACCCCUUUGAUGAGAGCCGUUUAUAAUGAUUAUGAAGAGAUUGCAGAGUCGCUGAUCACAUCAGGUGCCAAUAUUGAGGCCACGGGGGUCAAGGGUCGAACCAGCUUGUUCAUUACCGUGAUUGAGAGCAGUUUGAACUGUAUGGAACUCUUGUUAAAAAAUGGGUGUAAUAUGGCUGUUAGAGACAACCACGGCUUCACCAUCCUGAAGACCAUCUUCAAAACGAAUUCCAUAAUCAAAGCGGAGGCAAUCAAACUCCUUCAAAAGUUUGAGUAUGAUAUUGAGAAUGACCGCGACUUCCUAGAAGACAUGGUGAAGAAAAGCCGGGACCCCAAAGACAAAGUUUAUGCAGAAAUGUUGUUACAAAACAAGUCCAUUAGGGAUGCGUGCGAAAAUCCGUUCACUUCCGGCGGAUGGCAUCGCAGAAACUCCACAGCAACAAGACGGAUAUCUGUCAUCAGCGAAAUUUCGCUCUCAUUUGUGUAUGGAAAGCAGUUGUCUAUUACGGAAAUUGAAGAAAACCACGAUGAAUAUUAAACAUUGGAAAUGUGAUGAAUAUUGCCACUCACGGUUUGGUAUGAGGUUGCUAAUAUAGUGGAAAGUGCGAAACGUAAAGGAGUCCUAAAAGAUAUACACAUAUCGAUGGAAUUGCAUGUUGUCAUACACUGCGCAUGCGGAAUUGAAUAAGUGAUUUUCACAGGUCAAUCAUUGAAUGUGUUAUCAAACGAAUGCAUUUGGUUUAAGUGAGCGGUAAUUUGAUGGUUACUGGACACCAAUAUCAUUUGACCAUUCAUUAUGGUUUAGAUUCAAAACUUACUGUAUUGAGUUUCAAGAAAAUUUCAAAUGUUAGCUUUGAAUAGUUUUAUAAUCAUCUCCAAUGAAAUAUUUUUAAUGAACAGUAUUUAUUCAUCAAGUUUGAAAAUAAGCCUCUAUCAAAUCAAUUAUGUAAGUAUAAUCACAGAUGAUGAUGUAAUUAUAUGUAGUUUUGUGAAUAUUCUAUUUUUCGUUAAAGUUGUUUCUCAUGACCUGGACUAAGGAUAGAAAAGAUUAAUAGAAGUAAAAGAUGAAAAUAUGCCAUUCAGUAAACUGAACGAUUACUGAAAUGUGACUGAAU